UGCCACAAAGAUGUCGGCGGUAAUCUGAGCAGCUUUGAAGAGACGAGCUGUGUUUUCUGAGACACGUUUUUACAACUAAACAACGCGAAAAGACGGAAAACGACCCGCACAAGAGACAAAAAGAGACAGAUUAAACGAAACCGAAGGACUUUAUUUGAGCUUGGACUCGACGUUUGCUGUAGUUUAACCCGGAAAUGUGACGCCUUUUGGUGCGCCUGUCCUUUGAUUCCAUGACUGGACAUAACGGCGUCCCUCUGCGGUUUUGUCUCCGCCUGGCUCCAGGCAGCAGUCGGUUUCCCUGGUGGACGCCAUGGACACUCAAGACCCAAGAGUGACGGACGGUGAGCGGCUACGGCUGAAUGGUGCGAGUCGCUCGAGCGCGGAGGUCGAAUCAGAUGAGGACGUCGAGCCAGUGGAGACGGGCGACACGUCAGCGGAGGGAGACGGUUUUCAUAGUCGUCUCUCUGGUGCUGGUGGGAGGCUGGUGGUGUUGAAGGAAGAGGCCGGCGGUGGCGACUCAGACAAUGUGGCGUUGUGGCUCGUCAUCGAGUCAGGAGCACUGAGCAGCGAUUCAGAGGAAGCAGGGAGUGGCGUGGACGCCCUCUCACAACACGGUCAGGGAAUCAGUGACAUCAGUGCGCUGGAGCGACGAGACGCUGGACGUGAAGCUCCUCCUCCUCCCGUGCCCCAGACCCCCCCUCUCUCGGGAGAGAAACCUCACCAGUGCGAGUAUUGUGGGAAAACAUUUGCAAAGAAGGGCGGCGUCAUCACACAUCAGAUGCGCCACUGCAAUGCCAGCCGAGCAGCGUCCGUGCAGCCUCAGCAGGGGGCGCCGUCCCCGACCGAAGGGCAUGUGAAGCCACGCAAACAAGUUUUCAAAGAGAAGAGCAGCAAAGACAAGGCAUCGCGGGAGAGGACUCAUGCCUGCACAGAGUGUGAAAAGAGCUUCUUCUCUGUGCACACGCUGAGGCAGCACCUGCUCAUCCACACCGGAGAGAAAUCCUUCCGCUGCGACGUGUGUGGGAAGUGCUUCGGUCGAGAGGGAAGUCUGAAGCAGCACCGGCUCGUCCACAGUGGCGAGAAAACCUUUGCGUGCGACCUGUGCAGCAAAACCUGCGCCAGGAGGGGAGAUCUGAAGAAACACAUGCUCAGCCACUCCGAGGAGAAACCGCACCGCUGCGCCCACUGCGCCAAAGGCUUCAAGCUGCCGUCCAAGCUGAAGCAGCACGAGCGGCUCCACCUGGAGGAGAAACCACUGCAGUGCGAGCUUUGCCCCAAAGCGUUCGGCAGCGCGGCGUUGCUGGCAGCGCACCGGCACGUUCACACGGGGGAGAAACCCUUUCUGUGCGCGGUGUGCGGCCGGGCCUUCAGCGACCGUGCUAACCUGCGGAAGCACCAGAGGAUUCACACGGGGGAAAGGCCGUUCAGCUGCUCCCACUGCGACGGGAAGUUCCGCCUCCGGCAGCACCUGACUGACCACGAGCUCAGCCACGCCAGCGAGAAGUUGUUCACGUGCGAGUCUUGCGGGAAAGGCUUCACUAGAGUCUUCGGACUGAAGAAGCACCAGUUAACUCACAGGGAGAAACCGCCAAGCUGCUCCCUGUGCGGGCGGCAGUUUGCCGACGCGGUGGAGCUCAGUGGCCACGAGUGCAGGGAGACAGCGGAGAAACCGCACCGCUGCGCCGAGUGCGGCAAGUGCUUCACGCAGGCCGUGACCCUGAGGACGCAUCAGCUCAUCCACUCCGGACAGAAACCCUUCAGCUGUAAAGACUGCGGGAAGCAAUUCAGGGACAAGGCUAACCUCAGCAAGCACGUCCGCAUCCACACGGGCGAGAAGCCCUUUAAAUGUGAGGACUGUGGGCGGAGCUUCAGGCUCCAGCAGCCGCUCACAAGCCAUCGACUCACACACAAACGGAAAGAGGCGGUCCUCCGGGGUUUUACACAACAACGCGGAGGCGUUCUCCCCUAGGGCUAAUG